AUGGAACCAAAAAACUAUAGUACCAUCAGAAGCAUUUUGAAACAAGAACAAGGCGAGAAAAUUGCUCCUUACGUUUUUAAAUUAUCUGACACCAAAAUCAUUCAAGAAUAUUUGGCUAAAGAGAGAAUUACCUACGAAAUUUACCAACAAUUAUACGUCAAUUCUAAUAAUUCCAAUAGAAGCAUAAAUACAGCUUAUCAAGUUGUUUCUGGACGAAAUCAGCAGGAAUUAAAUCUUAAGAAGCGAGAACUACCAGAAACUUCUGAAGAAUCAAGGAAAAAACGAAAAUAUAAAGAUUGCGGUUGCUCGUCCAAGGUUCCCAAGGAAGCGUUUGCUGAGAUGCGUGAAGCCUUUCAAGCUCUUCCUAAAUCUGAACAAGAUAUAUUUUUAAUGGCCCAACUCAAGGCCAUGGAUGGGGGAGUGACCAAUACUAGUCGACGCUUCAAGAACAGGGCUCGCGUCAAUAAGAGAACCAUUUAUUGCUGGAAUCAUGAUACACCUCUUUGCCAAAAGACUUACCUCAAUAUGCUCGGCAUUGGCCGCAAUUAUUUUGAAAAUAUCCGAAAUCACUUGCUCAAGAAUGGUCUUCUAUCGCGAGUUCACGGCAAUAAUUUUUUGCUAAAUUAUGCCGAAGUCCAUGGGUUGCCUAGCCCAGUUAGAAAUGUUAUUCGAGUUACCCAAUCAAUUAUCUUUUUACCUGCAGAAAUGAGUUACAAGUCCUUUCACAGGGAUUUUUUAGCCGGCCUAGAAGAAAAUAGUACUCUUUGCGCACUCAAAUACGAUGCCUUCCGCAAAUUGUGGCAUCAGCUAACUCCACAUAUCCAAAUAAUGAGUCCCAGGACUGAUUUAUGCGAUACUUGCCAACACUUACGGAAUGAUUUGCAAUUCAAAGCUCGUAAAGAGGAAGAGGCCCAGGAUUUACUAAAGAAAUAUAAAGAACAUCUCGCUAAAGCCAAGUUAGAACGAAAUUAUUAUAACAGAAAUACCAAGUUAGCGGAAGAACAGAGAAAGCUGAUCAACCAAAAUUAUUCUGUACUGAAAGACAAAGCACCAUACUGCAGCAUUGACGCGAUCGGCAAAGUGUAUUAUCUUAGUGCUCGCAAAGUGCAUUUAUUCGGUAUCCAGGAUGAAGCGGUGCGAGAACAAAUCAACUACGUACUGGAUGAGAAUGAACUCCUUGGGAAAGGUCCAAAUGGUACGCUUAGUCUGGUCUUUGAUGGGAUUAAGCAGUUGAAUAAAGGCGAGAAGCAUUUAAAAAUUACUUGCGACAAUGCGGGUGGGCAAAACAAAAACAAUACUACCCUUUAUACUUGGCUUUACCGCAAGACCACAGUGGAUUGUGUCGAUCAUGUCGCAGAUGUGGUAAAAAGGUCCAGCAUCACCGGACUAAACAAAGCUCGACGUUAUAAUGGUGAUGAAGGUUUUCAAUAUUAUGACAUCAUAAGCGGUCUAGAAACCUAUUUCAAAAAAUUGCCUGGCCUGCAAAAGUUUCAACACUUCCUUUUUACCUGUGCUAACCCUGGUGUGGUUAAAGCCCAAGAAGUCGCUAAUGGGCCUUUGCAAGAAUUCAAACUAUUAAAAAUUAGUAAAUCCGAGGCUUCAAGGAUCAUAGAAGAAAUCAAGGCUCUAUCAUUUCCAGUGUUGGUUCCUUCUCCUAUGAAGUAUGAAAGACAAGAAUACCUUUAUAAUUAUAUUCGGCCUUUUGUCAAAGAAUCGUUUAAAGAUGUUACUUGCCCAAAACCAUCGAUGGAGGAACAGUUUUUUCUUCCGUCAAUCACCGACCCAACUCCAAAUACCAUACGUAUUGCUAAAAUCGAAGUGUAUCUCAAAAAAGCAAAUAAACCAACUCCUGUUGGGUAUCGAAUUAGUAUCCCAAAUGGGGAGCUAGCUGCACAAAAUAUGCCCCCUCAUUUUUAUAUGCGAGUAGAGCCAAAGUAUAAAAAGGAUUUUGGUUCUGUGAUGGUGCCAUAUGAUAUGAAAUAUGCCACAGGCCAAAACUUUGCUGAAAAUAAAGAGAAAAUUUGA